AUGGCAUCAGCAAAGGAGAGGUUCCAGCAACUGGCGGAGCAGGAGGCGGCUGCGCAGAAGCAGCGCGAGGCUGAAGAGAAGAAGCGAGAGGAGGAGAGGAGAAGGAAGGCACAGGGUGGCCAGACUAAGAUCGGCACGACAAAGGGCCAGAUCAAGGCCUUCGCAACUGCCUUCGAGGCUAUCGCUGACGGCGAUGACGUGGAGAUCAGCGUGAAGAAUGGCGGUUGGAACACCUCCAACGUGACGUCGGACAGUCGAGGCAAGUGGGUGGGUGGCCCUGCUGGCAUGCAGGCUCAGCGCAUCGAGAAGGAGAAGCCCACAGCUCCCCCUCCGCCCAAGAGCAUCGCUGAUCUUCCCUAA